GACAGGAGAAUGCGAUUUCAUCUUCAUUCCGUUAAUAACCAAUCGCUUUAGUCUCCGCAUCGCUAGUACACAACAGCAUACGAAUGCGACGCUCAAUCAGAAAUGAACUUGAACAUUAAAAUGCGAUGAAUCUGCCUAGUCAUUCUACUACAGAUCAUAAAAGGAAUGCCUUCCUUCAUUAGCAUCGGUCCGUGAAUGUGAUGAGCGUUUCUAUCCCCCCAGAAACACACGAUCGUGCUAAGUGAUAAGAAUUCUCGCGCUACCGACGCUACUAGUUCAGAAGCAAACUCUAUCAUCGUGUACAGUUUUGCUCGCGAUGCGCACAAUAGCUGUUCCUUUGCGCGUGGUGGCAAACCGUAACCGAUACCCUAAUUGACCUUAGUAACCGAUCUUCCUAUCUUAUCAAACCGGCGACACUGAUUGUUGUGGCCACAGUCUGGCCAAAUUUUGAUGGCUCGUUUUCGCCAACAAUCGCCAGUCGUGUUUGGGAGACGAAAGAAUGAAGUCUAACAUCGCUUGCCUGGUGCUGUUGGUGGUGGUGAUUGGAUGGCUCGGAACAGCCAGCCAGGCGGCCAACAUUCUCUACAUUAACACUGUCGCCUCGCCCAGCCAUUUCGGAUGGAACCGAGCACUUAUGUACGCGCUGGCGGAGCAAGGUCAUAAUUUGACCGUGUUCGGUGUCGACCACGACGAGAAUCCACCGCCCAAUGUGACCUUCAUACUGCUGGAGGAUGUGUACAAGCAGCUUUACAGUGAUCCUGACCUCGAUACGGACUUUUUCGCGAUGAGCAAAAUCUCCGUGUUCGAGAUGCUGAAGCUGUACGAUGAUUAUAUGCUCGGAACGUGCGAGAUCGCGCUGCGAACGGAAGGAGCCAAACGGAUACGCGAUUAUCCGCCCGACUUUGGAUUCGAUCUGCUCAUUCACGAUUACCUAUCCGGUCCCUGUUUGGCGGCGUUGGCUCAUCAUCGGUUCGGUCGGCCACCGGUUGUGGCUGUGACCGGUUAUCACGGUGCAUCGACCACCAUCUCCAUCACAGGCGCUUACCAGUACUCGGCACUCAUCCCGAACCACGCACUGGACGCCAUGGAGGAGAUGAGCUACCGCGAGCGCUUCGUUAACCUGUUGGCCAACAUGUGGGAGGAGGUGCUGCAGCGUUGUGAUAUCGUACCGCGUACCAAUCGGAUGCUGCGGGAGUAUGAUCCGACCGUACCGGAUGUGGCGGAGUUUAACCGUGAGACGAAGCUCGUACUGUUGAACGCGAAUCCAAUCAUUCAAUUCACGGAACCACUCAUGCCCAACAUUAUACCGGUCGGAGGUCUGCAGAUCGUUAAACCGAAACCAUUGCCCGCCGAUCUCGCCAAGCUGCUCGAUGCGUCCGGAGACGGCGGUGUCGUUCUUUUCUCGCUGGGAACGAACGUGCGCAGUGACAUGCUGGGUGAGGUGCGGAUUAAUGCGAUCCUCGAUGCGAUGCAGGCACUGCCGGAGUAUACGUUCCUGUGGAAGUUCGAAUCGGACACCAUCACCCGCCGGUUGCCACCGAACGUGCACAUUCGGCCAUGGAUGCCACAGAACUCGCUGCUGGCACACCCCAAGCUGAAGCUGUUCAUCACGCACAGUGGACUGCUCAGCACCCAGGAAGCCAUCUGGCACGGGGUGCCCGUGAUCGGAUUUCCCGUGUUUGCCGAUCAGUUCAAGAACAUCAACUACUGCGAAUCGAAGGGUGUCGGUAAACGAUUGAGCAUCGAACACCUAAACACCCAGCAGCUGAUUGCGACCAUCCGGGAGAUUAUGACCAACGAAAGCUAUCGGACCAACAUGAAUCAUAUGUCUAAGCUGUUCCGUGAUCAACCGGAACAUCCCCUUGAUCGUGCGGUCUGGUGGGUGGAGUGGGUCCUGCGGAAUCCCGAUGCAACGGAACUGUUGUCGCACGCAUCCCGGAUGCACUGGUUCGUCAAGUACUCGUACGACGUGCUGCUGCCACUGUUUGCAGCUCUAGCCAUCUGUUGCCACAUCGUUCUGUUCGGCGCGCGUCGACUGUUCUGCCGGAAGGCAAAGACUGUGGGACCAAACGGAAAGCAGAAGCGAUCAUAAGAAGACGGACCAAAGUUCAUGGCAAGGUGGUAGUUGGCAACAGCUGCCCCCGGUGAUAAUAAGUCAUACCAAAAAGGGAACCUAUCGAUAAGAA